AUGUGUUGUCCUAAAAUCUCAUUAUUCUUGCAUGUCAAUCCGAUCAGAUUCUCAAGUCAAUGGUUUUGAUUUGAGGGUUGCUUCAAAGCACACAAAGUAAGCUUCUUUGGAACCCUAGUUUUCUUGGUUUUCUCAGCCUAGGUUGAUUUUCUCGAGAAAGGAAUUUUUCUUGUUUGAUGGGUACGGUGGAGGCUCGAUCGAAGGACCCAUCUGGGUGUUCAUCGCCUUCUCCAGAGAAUGACAAAAAUGAGCUAAGGGAAGCUUUGUGUGCUUUGAAAAAUGGGGCCUCAGAAAACGGGGUUGGCUUCUCUGGCCAUGGGAACCGAGGUUUUCGUGAUGGUGGGGGUGUUGAAGUGGUGAAGGGCAGGGUCUUUGAGACCAAGGUUUCGGAUGAGACGGGUUCUGUGGGGAGAGAAAUGGAGGAUGGUUGUCAAGGUUUGGCUGAUUCUGAGAUGAAUGGGGUCUCCUCUUUGUUGAAAAUGAGAGGGAGUGGUAGUGGUAGGAACUUGAUGUUUUCUUAUGGUGGUGAGAGUGAUGGUGCUGGGAAGUUGAACUCUGAGGGUGGUUCUUUGGGGGUUGAAAUGGGAGGAGGAAGUAGAGAUUGGAAGAAAACUGAGCGCGGGGAUGAUCAAAAUGGGAAAACUGGGACUUUAGAUGUUCCAAUUAGUGAUACAAGUGAAAACAAGGAUUUGGAAAUGGAUGACUUGGGUGAUGAAGGAUAUGGGGGCUUUUCUGUUGGUGAUUUUGUUUGGGGGAAAAUUAAGAGUCAUCCCUGGUGGCCUGGCAGGAUUUAUGAUCCAUCUGAUGCUUCAGAUUUUGCUUUGAAGCUGAGACAAAGGAAUAGACUACUCGUUGCUUACUUUGGGGAUGGAACCUUUGCUUGGUGCCAUCCUUCUCAAUUGAAACCGUUUGAGGAGAACUUUGAGGAUAUGGUGAAGCAGAGUAGCUCCCGUGCUUUUGUCAAUGCUGUACAAGAAGCUGUAAAUGAGGUUGGAAGGCUCUUGGAUUUGAAGAUAAGUUCUUCAUGUGUUGCAAAUAAAACUAGGUCUGAAUUCACUCGGCCGGUGGCGGACAAUUCUGGAGUCAAGGAGGGAAUUCUUAUACCUGAAAAUGGUAUAGAGAAGCUUUCAGAUGUUCUGAUUGAUCCAGCAGAAUUACUUUCUCGAGUGAAACAAAUUACCGAGAUUAUUUCCAUUGCCAAUAUUCUGGAGCUGGAAAUAUUGAAAGCUCGACUUUCAGCCUUUUAUCUAUCUAGAGGAGGUUAUAGAUUACCUAUGUAUGAGGCGCCCCAGCCAAUUCCUGGACUUGAAGAUAGUUUAAGUGAUAAAACAGUGAAUGUAGGCAGAAGUGAGGGUGCAGUGGAAGUACCCGUCCAUGGACCAUUUGAAGAGGACUACGCUACCAUGCCAGUGAGCCCAAAAUCUGGUGAAUUGAGUCUUUCACAUGGUAUUUCAGGAAAUAGAUUGAAUCAUAGGAUUAAGCAGAAAAGUAUUGCUGAAAUUAUGGGAGAGGACAAAGAUGUCAAUACCAAAAACAAGAAUGGAGAUGCAACUGAAAAAGUGUCUGUUAGAAAGAAGAGGAAAGGCAGUGAGGAUACAAUGGCUUCUAAACCUGUGCAGAAGAGAAAAGGGUUGUCCCCAAAUACUGAUGCUAACAUGGCAAGUGCUGAAAAUGAUAAUGGUAGUUGGGGGAAAGAGAACAGUGACAAUGGAACAUUGGCACAGCUGAAAAAGAAGAAAAAAGCUUUUGGUAUUGGAAACACCAGUAGUGGGAGCAAAAAUGACGCUGAUCAAGAAGGGAAAGUCAAAGGAAAAACUGAGAAGGGUUCUUUGGCAAGAGAAAGGAAGAAAAGCAAGUACUUGUCCCCUCCUUUCACUAUUCCAACCAGAGAGCAGAGGAAAGGAGAGAUAGAAACAGAAUCCCCUAAAGUUUCUGGCAAAGAGCAGGUAACAGAGCCAGUGACCAGAGCUUCUGACCAACUUCUUAAGUCCCCUGUACCUUUGAAGUUGAAUGGUGAGGCAUUUCAGGAGAAUAUUUCGAAGCAACUUGCCAUAGAACAGGACCUACCUGACAGCUCAAAUUACCCAACACUAGAAUAUGAUGAGAACAAGACUAUAGAUACAAUGAAAAUCCAGGUUCCAUCUGGAGAAGUUUUGUCUGAAGUCCGCUAUGCAGCUAUUAAUCCACAAACUCCUACAGAUAUCAAUUCUCUUGAAAAAAUUGUGGACUUUAUUUUUAUCUACAGAAGCUCAUUAUAUCGCCAAGGAUCCUACUACAAAGUAUACAAGAAGCAUAAACCUAGCAAGAAGAGAAAGAAGCCAGAAUCUGAUCUUGGGAUACUGAGGAAAGAUCAAAUACAAGCUGAUCAUAUAUCAGCUAAUAAUGAUUCAGUGCCAGAGAAGAGAAAAAAAAAGAAUGAGACAAUGUCAGGUUUGCCUAAAGAGAAGCAAUCUGCUGCAUCUAAGACUGGCAAGAAGAUGACUGAUAAAAAGGCUUCAGGUGCUGCCCUUUUUGUCUCAUUUGGGCGAGGAUCCUCUCUGCCUUCAAAAUCUGAUCUUAUGACACUGUAUAGUAAGUUUGGAGCUCUCAAUGAAUCAGAAACGGCUAUGUUCUCUAGUGAUUACACUGCUUGUGUGUUCUUCCUGAAAGCCUCUGAUGCUGAAAAGGCCUUAAGCCAUUCACAGAUCAUGAACCCCUUUGGCUCAUCCGAAGCCACUUUCAGACUUCAGUAUCUUUCUGCUGGUUCCACGUCUGAAAAAUCCAAGUCUAAGGUAUCUUCAAUGAAGAAGAAAGAAAAGACUCCAGGCAAGCCAUCGGCCUCACUGUCACCAGGUAGUGAAGCAUCCAAACUGAACUACAUUAAGCAGAAACUUCAGCGUCUGACAUCAAUGCUAGAAGCAUCGGAUGGUAAAUUACCCGAUAUGAAGACAAAAUUAGAGAGCGAGAUGAAAGGGCUUUUGGAGGAUGUGAACAAAAUGGUUGAAUCUUCUUCCUAAAUAACACGUGGAAUACUAGCAAAUAUUUAGCUAGUAAUCAGGGUAGGUUUAUGAUAUGUCAUUUCCAUUUAGUGGACUGUCUUUGUUAUUUAACGAUCAAUUUGUUUGUCUCGUUUCUGAGCCUAGCUUUAUUUAAGGGGUAAAGUUACUUGUAUCAGUUUGUUGUUUAGGAUAUGUAACUUGUUGUAUGCAUAGGCUGUAUAGACACCGACAUCCUUUUAGAUUUCUGUCUCUUAUGGUAGUGGUGAGCAAACAGCUUAUAAGGAUCAAAGGUAUAAUGUUUUCAUUUCUAUAAUGUGUGAAUUACUUUAAUUCUGGUGUAGCUUCGAUUCUUGACGAUGAUUGAAUAGGAAAAAGAGAUGGUCUUUUUGUAGGAAUAAAGUCCCCCUAUUUGGCCAA